AUGGGAGCAUUUGCCACCAUUAUUCCUGACCUCAUGGGCCUUGGGCAAUGGGUUAAAGAAGCAGAAACAAAGCACAUUGACUUGAAAAUGUGGUCCAAAGACAAUGCUGAUUUGGUGUAUGGAUACUAUAGGCAACAGCGGAAACUGAUUGAAGAGAUUGAUUGGUCAUAUACAGGAACUUUGAACCAAAAGAACUGGGGAAAGAAAUAUUCAGCCUGCAAUGGUGCCAAACAAUCUCCUAUUAAUAUAGAUGAAGAUCUCACUCAAGUAAAUGUGAAUCUGAAGAAACUUAAAUUUCAUGGAUGGGAAAAGGAAACUUUGGAAGAUACUUUCAUUCGCAACACUGGCAAAACAGUGGAAAUUAAUCUGACAAAUGAUUAUUAUGUAAGUGGAGGUGGCUUAGACACUAUAUUCAAAGCAAGCAAGAUCACUUUUCACUGGGGAAAAUGCAACGUGUCAUCAGAUGGAUCAGAACAUAGUUUAGAAGGGCAAAAAUUUCCUCUUGAGAUGCAAAUCUACUGCUAUGAUGCAGAUCAGUUUACAAAUUUCGAAGAUGCAAUUAAAGGAAAUGGAAAGUUAAGAGCUUUAUCAAUUUUGUUUGAGAUUGGACUAGAAGAUAAUCCAGAUUAUAAUCCAAUCAUUAAUGGAGUAGAUAGUGUUAGUCGUUUUGGAAAACAGGCUGCCUUAGAACCAUUUAUUUUGCUGAACCUUUUGCCGAAUGCAACAGACAAAUACUACACUUACAAUGGGUCUUUAUCAACUCCUCCCUGCUCUGAAACGGUUGAAUGGAUUGUGUUUAAAGACACCAUUAGUAUUUCUGAAGACCAGUUAGCUGUAUUCUGUGAAGUCCUCACAAUGCAGCAGUCUGGCUAUGUUAUGCUGAUGGACUACCUGCAAAACAACUUUCGAGAGCAGCAAUAUAAGUUCUUUGGGCAAGUGUUUUCCUCUUACACUGGGCAAGAAGAAAUUCAUGAAGCAG